AUGUCGCUUUUUGGUUUUGAGAUUAUCCCUCUUACACCCGACGAGGAUGACAGCAGUUACAAUCAUACCAGUGACGAGCCCUCUGAAGAGAAUACAAUGCACUGCAACUGGAUCGACGAUAAUGAAUGUGUGGAAAACCUCUUCCAGAUCGUGCCUCUAAUGCCCGAGGAAUCAUGUAUCGAUGAAAACAACCAUAUUCAAACACACAUUAAGCUGUUUUUUGAGGAGCUUGGAUAUUUGACAGAGGAGCCUGAGCCUAUUGAUCCAACACGAGAUUAUGAUGCUGAAGCCCGACAAAUGCUAGAGGAGCGUGCACGUACUCGUCAAAAGCACAUUCACCUUUCCCGAUCACCAUCCCUAUGUUAUUCAGGAAUCUCAUCCAUAUCAUCCUCUCAUAAUGAAUACCAACACCUACAUGAUGUUCGAUCACCGCUUUAUAUGGGUCAAAUCGGCCAACAGCAACAGCAUCAUCAUACCGCUCAUGUGUCUUCUUCCUCCUCCAACAAUGCCGCAUCCCAUUACCUUUCCUUGUCAUCAUCGCCUGCACAACCCUAUUCACAUAAUCAACCAUCAUCACGCCUUCCUAGUUCUUGCGUACAGGCUCAUUUACAGCAUCAUUUGCAUCGUCCUCCACAACACAUUCCUCAUGUCUAA